AUGGGGAAAUCUGUAGUGGGUUAUUGUGGCCUUUUCCUGACUCUGCUUCUGGUUUCUGUAUCUGGGUUCCACCAUGGGAACUUGCCUGUUAUCCCCUUUGAUGAGGGCUACACCCAGCUUUUUGGGGAAGACAAUCUGGUUGUUCACAGGGAUGGGCAUACCGUCCACUUAUCUCUUGAUGAAAGAACAGGGUCUGGAUUCGUUUCGCAGGACCUUUACUUACACGGCUACUUCAGUGCUUCCAUUAAGCUCCCUGCAGAUUACACUGCUGGAGUUGUGGUUGCUUUCUAUAUGUCCAAUGGCGAUACAUACGAGAAGAACCAUGAUGAGAUUGACUUCGAGUUCUUGGGGAAUAUUAGGGGUAAAGAUUGGAGGAUACAAACAAAUAUCUACGGGAAUGGAAGCACGGCCCUUGGCAGAGAAGAGAGAUACAGCCUUUGGUUUGAUCCUGCCGAUGACUUCCAUCGCUACUCCAUUCUCUGGACUGAUUCCCACAUCAUAUUCUACGUCGAUGAUGUUCCGAUCAGAGAAGUGGUAAGAACCCCAACAAUGGGUGGAGAUUUCCCAUCGAAACCGAUGUCUCUAUACGCGACGAUAUGGGAUGGAUCGGACUGGGCCACCAAUGGAGGGAAGUACAGGGUGAACUACAACUACGCGCCUUACACCACCGAGUUCUCCGACUUCGCCCUCCAUGGCUGCGCCGCCGACCCCACAGAUCACUCCACAUCAACGUGCGACGCCUCCUACACCACGCUAUCGAAAGCCGAAGCAAUCUCCGGGUCGCAGAGGACCAAGAUGGACAGGUUCAGGACCAAGUACAUGACAUACUCCUACUGCUACGACCGUGUUCGAUACAAGACCCCACUGUCCGAAUGUGUGAUCAGCCCGCAAGAAGCACAGCGGCUCAAGUCGUUCGAUCCUGUCACUUUCGGUGGAGGUAGGCCCCGCCACCAUGGGAGGAGGCACCGGAGGAACCAGCGAGCAGCAGCAGUCAAUGGUGAGGCCAUUUCUAUGUGA